UUGGCUUACAUGAAUAAUUUUGUGUUUGUCUUGUCCCGCCACUCUCUCUCUGGAAGACCAAAAUGUUUCACAUUUUCAAAAUCCCAUUUUUGUUGCAUCGAAGAUCGGGAAGGUCAGAAUUGUUUGGGUUUUUGAAUCGAAUUUGAGAUUUUUGAAGGUGGGCAUCUGUGAAAUUGUGAUGAAUUUGGGAGAUUUGAACAAGGUCUGGGAAAUAAAGGCUUUGAAGAAGAAACCUAGAGCAGAUGAAGCGAGGAAGAUUCUGGAGAAGGUAGCUAAUCAGGUUCAGCCGAUUAUGACUAGACGAAAAUGGCGUGUCAAGCUUCUCUCUGAAUUCUGCCCAAAAAAUCCAAUGCUUUUAGGGGUGAAUGUAAAUAGAGGCGUGCAAGUGAAAUUGAGGCUUCGAAGGGUAAACCAUGAUGGAGAAUUCUUAUCGUAUCAUGAAAUUCUCGACACCAUGCUCCACGAGCUUUGCCACAAUGCGCAUGGUCCUCACAAUGCAAAUUUCUAUAAGCUUUGGGAUGAACUUCGAAAGGAAUGCGAGGAGUUGAUGUCAAAGGGUAUAACAGGGACAGGACAGGGGUUUGAUAUUCCUGGGAAGCGUUUGGGUGGACUUUCUCGUCAGCCUCCUCUAUCAUCUCUCCGAGCAACUGCAGCUACAGCAGCAGAAAAAAGAGUGUGUGCGGGAACUCUUUUACCUUCAGGACCUCAUCGUCUUGGUGGUGAUAGCAGCAUUAUGUCAGAUCUUAGUCCAAUUCAGGCUGCUGCAAUGGCUGCAGAAAGGCGUUUACUUGAUGAUAUUUGGUGUGGUUCCCAAUCCACAGAGGCUUUAGAAGACGAAGAGAGUGAUAGUGACACAUGUAAGGAACCCGUUUCCAUCAGGGAAACUUGUAUGAGCAUGAAUGCUAAGUCUGUAAAAAGAUGUAAUAGCUUGUCCAAUGCCAAUUCUUGCCCUCCAUCUUCCAGUCUUCAAGGGGGAUCAGACGUCAUUGAUUUGACUGAGGAAUCUUUUGAACCAAGAUGUGCUAAAAGAAACUGUAGCCCAGGUGAUCAGGGUCCUUCUUGUGCCAAAGAUGUACCGAACUCUGGUUUCACGAAGUCAUCGAUUACUUUGCCAUCGACGAGUUACAAUGCAAACCAAAGCAGAGAAGAAUCCACAAUGUGGGAGUGUGCAGAAUGCACCUUAUUGAACCCCUCAUUGGCUCCAAUAUGUGAGCUAUGCACUGCCACAAAGCCAAAGGAAAAGGAGAUGAAGCACAAAGUCUGGUCUUGCAAAUUCUGCACGCUUGAAAACGAGGUGAAGUUAGAGAAAUGUGAGGCGUGUGGUCAGUGGAGAUACUCGUAUGGAGCACCAUUGUCGACUGGUGCUCCUAAUGUCGGCACUUGAGGGUAUAAGUAAGGACUAAGAGUCAGCCAUUUUUGGUAGCCAAUGAACAAGAUUCUCCAAAAUCUGUGAACUGAGUCCAGACUAAGGCUUGUGGCUGCGUUAUGUUAUGUAGAGUAGAAGGCUUUUUAACUUUAUUAGGUGAAAAGAGUAUUUAGAUUUUGCAAACUCUCAAACAAAAUUAGAUGAGUAAAUGCAAUGAUGAGAAGAUACAGAAAAGCUUUUUUGUCCUUUGAAUAACGAUUUUUGAGGAAGCUGGAUGAAAAAGAUUCUUCGUUGGUAUUUUGAUGGUGGUUUGUAAUUCUGACGUUGUGGGCUUCUUGUUCUACACAGAGGGUCUCUUUGUUCUCGUUGCUUCCAUCUUCUAUCUAUGGCGGUUUCAGUUUCUGGUCCUGUAAACACUCGUUUCUAUCUACCAAGUCCUGAGACCUUAGAACCAUUGCCUGAAGUUAAUUGAGAAACUCGUCUCUGAGACUUCCGAGGUACGCUCUUCUUUUUAACCAUUCUCAGAGCCUGUUUGUUUGAUUUCGAAAAUGAUAUACUUUUUGUUAAACCUGCUUUGCGGAAUCUUUAGCUUACCUGAUAGAAAUGUGUUUUUCUUCUAUCCUUGGUGUUAGAUCAAGCUGUCUGAACUUCCCAGUUAGGCCUAUAUUUGAGGUUUUUGGCUGCUCUUGUGAACAAUCAUUUACGUACACUGUGUGUGUGUCUGUGUUAGAGUGUUGCAGCAAUAGAAUGUUGAUGAAUAUGAGUUUCUCUAAAGACUAACUCUGAAGUAGAUAGUACCUUCAUUCUGAAGUAUAUAUGCAUGUUUUGUUUCUGGUCAUAGUGUGCAUUAAAUGGGAUGGUUGUCAAGAUCUUUUGACUAA